AUGAACACACGCGACCUCCUCUUCUCCGGUCUCGACCUCGUCAAGCAACAGGCGAGCGCCGUGGCCUCCACCGUCUCACUGGCCAAGCCGUACCUCCCCGCAAAGCUAACCGAGAUGAACACCGGCGACAUCGUCGCCGGUCUCGGCUACGUCAAGAACCAUACAGGAGCGACCGUGGCCUCCACCGUCUCAUUGGCCAAUCAGUACCUGCCCGCAAGGCUUACCGGGAUGAACACCGGCGACAUCGUCGCAGGUCUCAGCUACGUCAAGAACCAUACAGCGGCCAUGGUGUCGACGCGCGACGGCGCCGUGGGGACCGCGGCGAUGGUCAUCGGGGGCGCCGUGGGCGCCUACUUCCUCUGGCCCGCUGCGGCCGCCCCCGCCGCUGCCGGCGCCAUGAUGAAGGCGCCUGGUGCCGCCGGCUUCCUCAUCUCCCGCUCGGCGUUCCUGGCCAACCCGCAGGUCUACUACCAGAUCCUCCGCACCGCUGGCGCCGCGGCGGCGGCCGCCGCAUUCGUGUAG